GUUGACACUUGACAGGACUAAAGUAAAAAUUUAAUCCGUGUCGUUCGUAUAUUUUUUCGGCACGUGUACCUAUUUUACAAUCUAUAGAAUAACUAAAGCCCUAAUUUAAUAAAGUGCAUUGUAAUUAUGGAUGUUCUUACGAGGCCUGCAGAAGAAUUCGGUAACGAUGAGACCCUGGAGCACCUGUGGGCUUCAAAAGCCAUGGAACAUAGUGAUAUAUACUUUAAUGUCCUGUGUUCAGUAGACACGAGAUGGCUCCGGCUGACGCCGCACGAUGACCUCAUAUACACGCACUUCAAGCAGGACUUCCCGGAUCUCGAUGUCUCCUAUAUUCAAGAAAACAUACUCAAGAACAACACAAACAAAGCUAAAUGGAGAAUGUUCUGUGAAAAGUUCAAAAAUAUCAUUGAAGACUACAGUUUCGGCACUUUACUGAGGGCCGACACUAAGGGGGAUUACUCGGAAGCCAAUACCAUUCUGGUACCUCGGGUACAGUUUUAUGCUAUAGAGAUAGCUAGAAACAGAGCUGGGCUCAAUAAUCAGGUGAAAAAAAAGUUCAAGUGUGCCUCUCUGGCCAAUUUGGAGGCCCAGAAGAGUCAGGAAGUUAGUGUUUGAUAAACUACUUAUGAAACAUGCCAGCCAUAGGUUUAAGUUUAGUCUAAGUAUAGUUUUAGCUUAAAUACCUUGGUCUGAAUCAUCUGAAGAAAUAUAGAUCAUAAAUUAAAAGCUAUUUACGUAAUUAGUUUCCAAUUUAGGUCUAACAUAAAAAGACAAUUAUUUGUUGGUCAUGAUUAUGAUACCUGCAGCCCGCCAAAAGUAUGACAUCCAGUCUCGUGGAGGCCUAUGUCCUGCAGUGGAUUAUUGCAGGCUGUGCGAUUGUUUUAAUAAUAAUAACCAUUUUCCUGCCAGGCCCUUCUACAUUGUUGUUUCCAAUGCACUUCUGUUCUGUUGUUGGAAACAUUAAAAACCUAUGCUUUUUAAAACAAGACCAUUCAUUAUUAUUAAUCAGCUAUACCUAAAUAAUAUUAUAACUACUUAUUAGCUAGAUAUAAUUAGUUGUAAAUAGGCCUAAUCUGUAAUCCAUAGUGAGUAAGUUGGAAUAGUAAACUUCAGAUAUUUUAUUUUUUUGCCUUCUAUGCAAUGAAAUGCAACAUUUUAUUUCCAUGAAUUUUGCUAAGUCAUCUGCUAUCUUGUUACAAAAGUACCUAACCAAAUAUACCAUAUUUACUACAAAAAAUAAUAUGUCUGAAGUUUAAAAGCCAUUGAAGAGAAGCAAUACAUAGCCAACUCAAAUACAUAAUAAUAAAAUUAUUCUCAAUACACUUUUGAUAAUAAAUUUUAUACUUUUCAUUGCCACAA